AUGGCCGGGAUAUUUGCUGCUGCAGUCUUCAUUUCAGUGUUGAAUACGGCUCUAUGUUUCAAUAUCGACCCCGUGGCUUGGAAGACCUGGACCAGCUGUGCCGCAGGGUUUGGCUACCAGGUUGUGCAAAGACAGUCAGACGUGCUCAUCAGUGCUCCCCUUGAACAGUAUUCACCAUCGGGAAGGGGGAAAAUAUACAAGUGCACUGAUACCUGCACAAGUCUGACAUUUGCAGCGCCAGAAUUUGCAGUCAACAUGUCCCUUGGUUUGACAAUGAAGCAUGACCCCAUCUCACAAAACACUGUGGUGUGUGGCCCAACCAUCCCAAAGGAUUACAAAAGUAUCACCAUGUACAGCGGUGCAUGCUUCCAGAUCGAACGGGACGAUUGGUUUGGAUCCGCUGUGCCGUCGUCCUCUCCAGGAGGUUCCAGACCAAACGUGAAGAAGAUCCUGAUCGUCAUUACUGAUGGAAAAUCUGCUGGCAAAGAAGACUUGCCAUAUGCAAUACGCUUAGCUGAGAAUGCAAAGAUUGUUCGAUUUGCUAUUGGGGUGGGGGAAGCGUUCUCUUCCAAAGAGGCGAAACAGGAACUGGACCUCAUUGCAUCUUCGCUCUCGACAGAUCACGUGUUUCGAGUAGAGAGCUUUGACGCACUUGCAGCAAUAACAAAGAAUUUGCAGGACAAAAUCUUCUCUAUUGAGGGAUCUCAGUCCAGUGGAGAGACACUGAAAAUGGAAAUGGCUCAGGAGGGAUUCAGUGUGGCUUAUGUGCCAGGGGGAAUUCAAAUGGGCACUGUUGGCGCCAACCAGUGGAGAGGAGGCUACAUGGAAUACACAUUAUCAGGCCAGAAGCGGAGUUCUUAUGAGCCUUUGUCCAUGGAACAAGACAGUUAUCUGGGUUACUCCAUGACUAUCGCAAGAACCAGACAAGGCCAAUUGACGAUUGUUGGCGCUCCGAGAUAUAAACACAGAGGACUUGUGAUGGCAGUCCAGACGUAUCAGAUGAUAGAUCCCUUCGACUGGAAUUUUCAGACUGGUGAAUAUUUUGGGGCAGAGGUUCGAGCCAUGGAUGUGAACGCUGACGGAUACAGUGACCUAAUCCUCAUAUCUGCCCCGAUGUACAAGGAAGCUGAUAGAGAGGGAAGAGUGUACGUUUGUGGUUUAGCUGGUUCGAGGGUCGAGUGUCACUUCGAAUCUCCGCUAGUGCUGAGAGGGGUUGAGUCCGACCAGGCGAGGUUUGGCUCUUCUCUGGCUGUGCUGCCUGAUCUCAACUCAGAUGACCUCAGGGAGGUAGCAGUCGGUGCACCUCUGGAAAAUGAUGGUCAAGGCAGCAUCUACAUAUUCCACGGUGAAGGAGGAAGCAGAGUCAGUUCAACUUACUCACAGAGAAUUGCUGCCUCUGAAGUCCGGCAACAACUUAGAUUCUUCGGUAUGUCAAUCAGUGACUCAUCUUUUGACCGCAGUGGCGACAGUCUGCCUGACUUAGCAGUGGGGUCAAAGGGCACAGUUGUCUUACUCAGGUCACAGCCUGUGGUAAUGGUAGAGGCUACGAUGUCGUUCAACCCAAACCAGAUCCCUACAAAAAAACCAAUCUGCGAGAACCCACUGGAGAACACAGCUGAAAUUUGCUUUACCAUGACCAAACUUUCUACAGUUUCCACAGCUGGAGCAAAGAUCAAUUAUACUUUAACACUGGAUGCCACCCGCAAGGUCCCAAACAACAGAGCUUACAUCAACGGCAAACAACGAGAGAUGACCGGGUCAAUUGUCGUUAACUUACGAAGGCCAAAAUGCUUCCCAGUGAAAUUCUUUAUUCGGGCUUGUCCUCAGGAUGCUCUCUAUGUACUUAGAAAUGAGCUCAGAUUCACCUUUGACGGUAUUCCCUCUGCUGCAAACCUUAAACCAAGUCUUGCCCAGCAGGCUCAAACCACCACCUACCAUUCUUUGAAAUUCGAGAUCAACUGUGGCACUGACAACAAGUGUGUAGAUAACCUGAAAGUGGAUUUCAACUUCAACAGCUCCUCAGAGUUGAAGGUGGGCAUUGAUGAACUGUUGGACGUCACCGUAUCAGUGGAGAACCGAGAAGAAGACUCCGACAACAGCUACGUGAAACUUACGUACCCAGCUGGGCUCUCCUACAGGAAGUUCACAGGUCUGCAGGGAAGAAUCGAGUGCAACUCCUUGGACAGUGAAGAUGGCUUAUCGCGAGGAUUGACAACCUGCACUAUUAACAACCCCAUUUUCAAGAGCAACACUAAGGCUUUGUUCACCGUCUCCUAUGGGAUCGAAAGCAACAGACAAUUUGACAGGAAGAUUUUUAUCUCUGCAAAUGCUUCCAGUGAGAAUCAGGAACAUUCCACUUCAAGUGAACUUUACCAAAUUAAAUGGUUGGACGUGAAGUACAGUAUUUUGGUCACAUUGGAAAGCUCCCUCAGCUACAACAGCUUCACAUUUGGAAAGAACGAUUUGCUGAAACCUCAGAAGCAGUCAAUUGUGGUCACAAACAACAUCAGGGCGCUGAACUUCACGGUGGUGAUCAAGGUGCCAGUCAAGCUCGGCAAUAAAGACAUCUGGGUGGAUUCGAGCAGUUUGCAGAUUCCAGACUGCCAAAGAGACACAGACGAAGACCAUACUGUCACAGACUUUGUUGCUAAGAUAAAGAAGAAUAAUGUAGUGGACUGCUCUGUGGCCAGGUGCGGAGUGUUCAGGUGCAGUAGGUUCAUGGGACGACUGGAGAGUAAAAAGUACAAAAUCUCUGCCAACAUCAGUUCAGGAUGGAUAGAGCAGAUUGGACUCGACUCGGCAAAAUUCCUCUUGACCAGCACGGCUACUGUGGAGUAUGACACAAACCAGUACAUCUUCUUUUCUACAGAGUCUAAUAACAAGCCUCCGAUUCACAAGUUUGAAGCCGAGGUUGAAGUCUAUCCACAACCAGAUUUCACCAAAGAAAUCCUCUGGGGACGGCUGGGAGGGUUAGCUCUGAUGGCUUUACUCACUGCUGGCCUGUAUAAGGCUGGAUUUUUCAAGAGUAAAUACAAAGAAAUAAUGAAUGAGGCAAAAGCAGCAGCAGCAGCAGAACCAGGGGCUGAUGAACCUUUGGCCAUACCAGAACAAUAAACGUAAUUGGCACAUAUACCACUGCCAAGCCCCAACAGUCCUCUUACAUGCAAUCAAGCCGCAACAAUUUGUUGGUGCUGUAUUAUUCCUGCCAUCUAUCUGUGUUUCUUUGUGUUCUUUAGGUGGAAGUGAGAAAAACAAAAAGCACUUGGAUCUGCUGGCUUCUGCUUAUCAUGAAAACUGCUAAAAUGAAAUUUGCUUAUGAGCAGCUUCUCUUGCUAAACUGGAAUGAACAUGAAAAAACAUUUGUUUUAUGCUUCAUUCAUUUUUAUUUCAAGACUUGAUAUGACUUUUAAAAUGUGAUCAAGAAAUCAUGUAGACACUGCAGGAGAUGGCAAAUCACCAAUUGUCUCCUUUAAGAAUGACCCGAAUCUUGAGGUUUUGGCAAAUGACUGAAUAUCUGCCCGCACCGAUUUAUUCCCACUCAUUGUGACAACAGCCGCCUGGAACCAAGAGGAGUCUGAUUUCCAGAGCAGAGGGCUGCCCUGAUCCCCCUGCAAAGAGAAAAAGAGAAGUCAACAUCAGUCAGGUCCUGAUCUGAAACCUUCUUCCCUGCUAAGAAAAGCAAUUCGAUUUCAGAAACUCAGGUGGAUGGGAAGAUUUUUACCUCUUGAAGGUCUACGGCAUAAGUGCAAAUGUUGUCCGAAUCAGAAAUGCUCCCACAGUUUACCACUUGAGUCUCAAGGUCUCUCAGACUUGAGCCAGCUUUGUCAGCACCUUAAAAACACAGGAAUACAGUUUUUGUGAAUUAUCAGUCUAUGUCUUACACAUCAUGAAGCCUGACUCAUGUCAGUUAAAACUUAAAAUCCAAUUAAAACCAGGCCCUAUUCAGACCCGGUGUUAACAUCCAUUCUGAGAGGAUUGAUCACAAGUGCUUUAGCAUUCGUGCUGUGGCUUUUGUACGCAUCGAUUUUUUGUUAUAAAUAAAACUCCUUCAUAUCUG